AUGUUCAAUCGGCCCUGCACAUAUACUAGGUUGCCGGAGUUGCCUGAACUAUGGGGAACAGGCUCUCCGAUCUUAGGGUCUUACUCUCAUUUGAACAAAUAUCCGACCGGACCCCUCCGCUUUCUCGGUUUCCAUGCUACGAAAAGCCAAGGCGUCCAGGAAGUGCCUGAGCCUCGCGAGAAAGCUUUAGGUUUCUUUGCAAAGCCAAAGGCAGAUGGAGACGAAGACGAAGACGAAGACGAAGACGAAGACGAAGACGAAGGAUUACACGAAGAAUUGGACGAAGAAUUGGACGAAGAAUCAGACCAGGAUGGAGGAGGAUCUGGUGAUGUGUAG